AUAACUUUUGACAUUGACAACAUAAAUGUUGGCUAUUCAUUGUCAAAUGCGUUUUUGAAAAAUUGUUAGUAUAAAUUGGAUCCAUGAGAACAUAAAAUAAUUAAGAAUAGCAAGCAAUUAUAUAUAAUGGAUGCUUGUAGUCUUAUGAAUAAAAAAAAAGAACAAUCGGUUCUGUACGCUUUAUUUCCGGAAAUGAGUAACCUAUGUUGUGCAAUUUGCGAAAUUGAUUUUGUUGAAAUUCAUGAUUCAUCGGCAAAAUCAAAUUUUCAUUGGCAAACAAUGAAAUGCCGAUUACUCAUUCAUUUAAUAUCUGACGUUAUUGCUUCACCAGUAAUGGGUACAGAAAGAUAUAUAUUUGUUAUAACUCAUAAACAAUUUUCUGAAACUGGUAGAUUGGAACAAAUUUUGAGAAAUUUUAAACUAGUGUAUCAAGGAUUAAGAUCAGUUACUGCAGAAGUCUAUAAAAGUUGUCUUAGGUAUACGAUACAAACUAAGAUAGCUCCUUUGUGGAAUAAAGUUGAUGAUUAUUUUGUUCAAGGAAAAAAUUUUUAUAACUUUAUAGAAGGAACUAGAGCAUUAAAAUUAGAUAUACUUAUAGAGGAAAGGAAAAUGUGUUUGCAACUUCAUGCAGAAAUACUUAAAAUUCCAUAUAUAAAACUUGAAGACUAUCUUUCACCAUCUAUUAUAUCACAUUUUUUAGCAGACCCUAAAGGAUACGUUGAUUUAUCUCGUUAUAAUCUUCCAUUUGUACAUGUAUUACCAAGUACAAAAAAAGGCAAACUAUUAUCUGUAUCUAAAGAACUUCCAGCAAAAUGUGCCUUUAAAGAUUAUGACCAAUUACGUAGACACUGGAAAAAUAUGGUAUAAAUGACAAUACCUAUGUUUAUUCAUCUUGCAAUUUACUUUCAAAUAUAUUUUUGUAUAUAUAUAUAUAUAUAUAUAUAUAUAGAUAUGUAUGUAUGUAUGUGUGUGUAAAACAUUUUAGUAUGGAUAUUAUUUACCAAAAAAUAGAGAUGGAAUUUUAUUUUAUGAAAUUAAAUUUUUGAUUUCCAAAUCUAAGGUUUUUACAUAUCCUCAUAUGUGUGUAGCAAGUAGUCCAUUAGAAAUUAUUCCAAAUAGAGAAAAAGAAUCUACAAUUAUACAUUUUUUAUCUGAUAUGUUUAUGAAAUUACCUGAAGUUUGUGGUAAACGGCUACAGAUAUCCAAAGAUAAUCCAUUUGAUACAAAAUCUUUAAAUAUAAGAUCAAAUACUGCAUUGCCAAAGGACAGACGAUUAAGUACAUAUCUUAAGGAAAAGGGUAAUAUUAUCUCACAAUUAGAAUUUUCUGAUAAAUAUAUAGAUGGAUUGACAAAACAUGUAGAUACUGCUACAUUAUUAACAACACAAUUAACUAAAAUUCAUCAAAUUCAUAACGUACAAUUUCAUGAAUAUAUGAGAGCAAAAUUAAACGACAACGAUGUGAAAGAAAAUAAAAGUGGUAUUCAAUGUUUAAAUACUAUGCAAAAUUCAUCUAUACAAAAUGUAGAAAAUAAUUUUAUCACAGUUGAUACCUCAAGAAACCCAAAUUUUACUGUAUCAAAGGAAAGAACAAUUUCUACAUACUUUAAAAUUCAAAACAUGAAUUCUUAUGCUAAGACAAAAGAGCAAUCGCAGGAAGAAGAUCAAAGACAAAAACAUUUAACGCUAAAGGAGAAACUAUCAAAAGCUAAAUCUGAUAAAGAUGGCAGCUUAUCUUUACUAGAUCAAAACAAUAUUGUGGAGACAAUGGCAAAAAUAAAUCAGUUGGAUCAAUUGGAGAAUAGUGAAUUGAGUGAUUGGCUAAAAGGGCGUUCAAUUCCAUAUAAUUCUAAAGCAAAAAAGUGUAUUUAUUAAUAAAUUAUUAUCGCUCAUCAAGAAUACAACAA